CAAUACCCGAUCAAAUCCACUCCACAGACGUCAUUUUAAAUCCAUCCCUUUCUAAAUCUUCGUCUCUUAUUUAUAUAUUUCCUCUCCAAUUCCUCCAUCCUCAAUUUUUUUCUUGCUUUCCUUUCCCAACUUUAAAAUCCUCAAUACUUUUUUUUUUCCAAUUUUAACCACAAAACCAAUAUUGAUCGAUAGACAAGAGAUGCCAAGCUACGGCUUGACAAUCCCGGGAGCCGAUUCCCGCCUCUACGUCACCACCAUCUCCACCGCCCGACCCGCGCCCGACCCGAAACCCAGUUCGCUGCCGGUGUUCUCGUCCCGGGCGACCCGGUUCGGGUCGAUCAAGGCCAAGGCGGCGACGGUGAACGACGCGGCGGCGGCGGAGGAGGAGCGGAAGGAGCUGUCGUUUUACGAGCUGCUGGGGAUACCCGAGUCCGGAUCCAUAACGGAGAUCAAGCAGGCGUACAAGCAGCUGGCAAGGAAGUACCACCCGGACGUGUCGCCGCCGGGUCGGGUCGAGGAGUAUACGGAGAAGUUUAUUCGGGUUCAGGAGGCGUAUGAGACGUUGUCGGAUUCGAGGAGGAGGGCUAUGUAUGAUCAGGACAUGGCUAGGGGUCUUCACCUUGCCUUCUCUGCUAGAAGAUACCAAUAUGAUGAGGGAAUGGAAGGAAAAGGUGACUGGAAGAAUCGCUGGCAAAGCCAGCUAUCUGAGCUGAAGAGAAGAAGCUCAUACAAGGAUGAUCGACAAAAUAUGUCAUGGGGAGCUAGAAUGCGUCGGCAAAGAGAGGGACUGUCUGAUGAAGUAUAAAUAGGUUCUCUUUAUGUCUGAUGUUUAUAGUUAUAUCAACAUAUCUGCCCUAGCUUCUUAGUUAUGGUUGGUUUUAGAGAGGAAACUAAAGCUGCCAUCUAGUUAACCAUUGCCACUGCGAAGCAAAGAAAGUACUAAUAAUAUGCUGAACCAGAUGGAUGUUCAAAUAGAAAAAUGUAAAGUUGUUUUGCUGCUCUUGACAACCAUAAAUAUAGGCAAGGUAUGUAGUGUACAUAAAGUUUUGCCAGAUAAAGACUUGGUCAUAACCCAUUUUCUCUUUGUUACUUGAGCAAACGUUAUUGCUCAAUAUCA